AUGUUGCAAAUGUCGCCGUCUGGUGCCGCAGCGAAUCAACCGGAAAUUGAGGACCUGAUCAAUUAUAAAACGUAUGAUGCAGAUACUAGCAAUGCAACAUUCUUGAUGGCUCAACACGACGCUUCUAAGCACAAUUUUCUGCCGCAAGAGUUGCUGGUCAUUCGAACUGAGCUGCUCACAUGGUAUGACACACAUCGCCGAAAACUUCCGUGGCGAGGAGACCUGCCACCAUACCUGACAACUGCGACGCACACAAGUUUGAAAAAGGAAGAGCAGGCUACACUCGUGCAAAAAAAAAUCGAUGCAUUUCUGAAGAAGGAAGUAACUCAUGUGAGUAUGGGGAAGGAAGACGUGACUGAUAGCAGGAUAGAGCUGAAAAGGGUCUCACCAUACGAGACCUGGGUUUCAGAGGUUAUGCUUCAGCAGACACGAGUGGACACUGUGGUGCAGUAUUUCUUGCGCUGGAUUGACAAAUUUCCGACAAUUGCGGCUCUGGCCUUUGCAAGCGAGGAGGACGUGAAUGCAUUGUGGGCCGGACUUGGAUAUUAUCGUCGUGCAAGAAUGCUGCACGCGGGAGCUAAGUUUGUGGUGGAGAAGUAUGGUGGCGAACUGCCGUCCACAGUUGAAAAAUUGCGGGAAAUUCCAGGCAUUGGACCAUAUACUGCAGGAGCGAUUGCAUCUAUUGCCUUCGGAAACCGCGAGCCUUUAGUCGACGGCAAUGUAAUUCGCAUCUUGGCUCGAAUGCGAGCUGUAGGAGCUGAUCCAAAGAAUAGACAUUUAAUUGACUUUUCGUGGAAGGCAGCAAAACAACUUGUAAGUGAGUGCGAUAGCCCCGGUUCUCUGAAUCAGGCCUUGAUGGAACUUGGAGCCACAAUGUGCACAAUUCAGAAUCCGCAAUGUUCGAGUUGCCCUGUCAAGUCAAUCUGCUUGGCUUACGCAGAGACAAAUUCGGACAAACGAAAAGUACAAGAUUUUCCGAACGACUCGAUUGCUACGUCAUCAGAUAUCUGCGCUAUCUGCGACUACACGCGUGUUACAGAGUGGGAUAAGACUCACGCUGAGGUAACUAAAUAUCCACUAAAAGCAAAGAAGAACGAGUCAAGAAAUGAAGUCAUUGCCGUUGCUGUAGUGUCUGCGCCACUUGAUUUGCCACGUGAUGAAACACUUACAGGUAGAAAGCGCAAGGUUACGACGAGUGCUGAAGUCAGCUCAGCUCCAUCCAGUUGGAGAUAUCUGAUGUCUAAGCGCCCAGAAGGUGGCCUUUUGGGAGGGCAAUGGGAAUUUCUUCACAAUAAAGUGGGCGAUGGGGACAAAAUUCCGUCAUUUAGCAAGCGGAAAGCGUUUAUGGACGCUCGGCUCAAUGAAACGUUUGGCAAAAUCGCUCUAACCACAUCUGCUAACUCGAUCAUCAAACGGAGCGAUCUUGGCAAGCUCACGCACGUUUUUUCGCAUAUUAAGCAUCACAUGGGAGUUGAGCAUGUGCACUUUGAGUCUCAGCCCGAGCUGCUAGAAGCUGCCAAGUCUCCUAAGUUGCGCUGGAUGACAGUUGCAGAGAUGAAACAACAAGGCAUUACAACUGGCGUGAAAAAAAUUUUGAAACUUGUAUUGCAACCCGAGAGAAAGGUGAAGAGCAAAGUCGACUCAAGCCCUACGCAGUUUCACACGUCACAUAAUUGCUGA